AUGGACGGCGGCGGCCGCUGGGGCGACGUCCCGACGGACGUGCUCUGGGAGAUCCUGAGGCGGCUCCCGCAGAUCACCGGCCGGCGGUGGCGCGACGUCGUCGACGAGAUCGAGCCGGAGGUGCAGCGGAGGCGCGCAAAGCCGCUGGCCUUCUUCAAGAACGGCUGCUACGAGCCCCCCUCCGCGUUCUCCCUCCACGACAUCGCCGGAGACUGCGACGUCACCUCCCUCUUCCGCGAGGAGAAGCAGGAGGACAACGACGGCGGCGAUAGGGAUUUCUUCGCCCGCUACAACAACGACGACAUGGUCGGCUCGUGCAACGGCCUGAUCUGCCUGUGGCUCGACCGAUCUUAUUCCGGCGGCUGCGGCAUCUUCGUGACCAACCCGGUCACCGGCGAGACCCUACACAUCCCGUCGCCGCCGCUGGAGACGAUGGCGACCAGCAGCCACCGCCGUACUGCGGGUCCACUCUGCUUCGGUUACCACCCCACGACCGGCAAGUACAAGAUCGUCCACUUCCCCUCCAACGGCGGGCGGGUGGAUGAUGUCACGCUGGGGGGCACCACCUCGGCCGCCGCCGCCGCUGCCGCGUCGUCGUUCCCCUCCCGCCACGGCGGGGUGGUGAAUGUCCUCACGCUGGGGGACGGCGCCGCGUCGUGGCGCGCGGUGGGGGUGCCGCCGUGGAGCCUGUGCAUCGCCUGGGGCGUCGUCAGCGUCGACGGCGCCACGUACUGGGUGGCCGAGGGCAGGGAGAUCAUGUCGUUCGACCUCGAGCACGAGCGCGUCGCGGCCGUCGCGCCGCUGCCGGCGAUGAGCAGGUGCCGCUUGCCGGUGUCCAUGGCGAAGGAGGACGCCUGCUGCCAGCUGACGGAUGUAGGCGGGAGGCUGGGAGUCUCCAUCGCCAUCCACCAGCGGAACUCAAUCUGCAUUGAGGUGUGGCUAUUAGAGGGACGAGGUGGCAAACAAAAAUGGAGCAAAUGGCGCACUAUACAAGGGCUUCAGCCUACCCAGAAGAUCGGACGGCCAUACUUUGCUUACGGCAAUUGCGUCUUAACAAACAUCUAUCGAGAAAUGUUUGAUCAGGGACUUAAUAAUAUAGUGUACCGGCACUUGCCAUGCUCCCUCAAGGAUGGGAGUAUUAUCUCAAGGGCAAUAGAAGGCACACCAGUGGCAAAAUUUAAAAACAGAAAACUAAGAAUGUUCAGCUAUAUUGAGACCAGUGAACCUUUAAACAUAUACAAGUAGGAGGAGGACAAGAAGGAGGAGGAGGAGGAGGAGGAGGAGGAAGAAGAAGAAGAAGAAGAAGAAGUAAAUGCAUAGUUGGGUACUGUAUUCUUUGGGUUAAUAUUAAACGAUGCUCGUCUUGAGUGUAGAAGCUUCCUAGCCCUGGCAGAAGGCAUAGUCGAAAGGCGUGACCACAUAGAGCCUAGCCUAGGAGGGGGCCAAUCCAAUAUUUUCUUUAAUUUAUAUGCUUCCACACAUCAAAGUUAAAUUUUACAUUGAUUGAUUUCGAAUAUUAGGUUGUUCU